UGAGUGAGUAGAGACACCGGGCUCAGUGAGUAGAGACACCGGGCUCAGUGAGUAGAGACACCGGGCUCAGUGAGUAGAGACACCGGGUGAACCGGCAGCAGAGGAUCAAACAAACUCAAUCGGACUAUUUUGUGUCUUCUCUGCGGAGUUAUUCGGUUUCUUCUUCUCUCGCGGAGAAGAAAAACAAAACACAAGACCACGCGUCUGGAUGAGCAGAGGAGGAGGGGAGGAGUAGAGGAGUGGAGGAACAGAGGAGUAGUAGAGCAGCGGAGGAGGAGUGGAGGAGUCCCGCAGAGCCGCGGGGACAUGUGUUGACGCACGAGCUCAUCGCUCCAUCAGGAUGCGUGUGCGCCGCUCGCUCCACGCCGUCACGGCGGCGCUGCUGCUGUGGUGGUCGGGCCCCGCCGCGCGGGCCCAGUGCGACAGGUCGUCCGAGACCACGGCGCUCGACCUCUCGGUGUCCUACGAGCUCCCGACGUUCACCGCGGACUUCCCGAUCCAGAACGUGGUGACGCUGGACGGGGUCGUCUACGUCGGCGCCGUGAACAGAAUCUACGCCCUGAACCCCGACCUCACCAAGCGGUCCGAGUACCGCACGGGGCCGCUGCUCGCCAACGAGACCUGCGGCCGCACACCGAGCGGCGGCGGCGGCGGCGGCCGGGUGGACAACCGCAACAUCGCUUUGGUGUUGGAGAACAUUUACGACAAGGGGCUGUUCAGCUGCGGCUCGGCGGACAACGGCGUCUGCCGGCGCCACGUCCUGGACGACGGCGUCAGCACGAGCGCCGUCGACGAACAGGUGUCCUGCUUCGGCGACGAGGCGCGGCGGCGCCGGGGUGAGCCCGGCGACCCAGACGUCGUGGUCGGUCCCUCCGGCUCGCGGGUGCUCAACGUGGAGAGCAACCUCAUCAAGUUUUUCGUCGGGAACUCCGAGAUCCCGGGCGAAGGCGGCCGGCCGGGCGCCGCUCCGCGGCCGCACACCUUCGCCCUGCACCGCAUGAAGUCCAGCCAGAACGGCUUCACCUUCUUCUCGCCGCGCUCCCACAUGGACCUCAUCCCGCCGCUGCGGGGGAGCUACUACCUGCGCUACGUGCACUCCUUCCACAGCGGGCCCUUCACCUACUUCCUCACCGUGCAGCCGGUGGGCGGGGCCUCCCGGGCCUACCACACCCGCAUCGUGCGCAUGUGCUCCGGGGACCUGGAGAUCCGCCGCUACGUGGAGAUGCCCCUGGAGUGCAUCAGCACCAACAAGCGGCGGCGGCGGCGGCGGCGGCGGCCGAAGACGUGAGCGUGUUCAACCUGCUGCAGGCGGCGCACGUCACGCGGGUGGGCGGCGACCUGGAGCUGCAGAAGCAGCUGAAGCUGGAGAAAGGCGACGACGUGCUGUUCGCCGCCUUCGCCCGCGGCGAGCCCGACUCGCCGGAGCCGACCGCCAACUCGGCCGUCUGCGUGAUCUCCCUGAAGCACAUCAACGACAUGUUCAGGACCUACAUGGAGAAGUGCAGCACGGUGGAGCCGUACCACUUCACCGGCUCGCACAGGAAGGCCUGCUACAACGUGAGUUCCCCGGACGACUGCGGC